UUUUACAAAUGCAAGUUGAGGAAUGGAUGCCUGUUAAGCUUGGCCAUAACUUUUUUAUGUCCUAUUCCAUUUGGGCUUUGUAAGAAUCUUCUUUGUAAUUAGCAACUUGUUUGUUUUUUGAUUUUCCACUUGGUGUUUCGUAUUUGUAUUAGGGCCGGAUUAAAACCUGAUUCCCUAACAAAGUCAAUUUCAUACCCAGGGCUUAAAUCUGAAACCUCUGGUAAAGGAUGACGUAGUACUUAUCACUCUGCCACAACCGUUCGUUGGUAUCAACUUGUUAAAUGGUCUUAGAGAAGGCCCUUAAAUACCUAUGAAACUCCAAGCCUGGCAAAAAAAAGUCUCAAGUCUUUUGUGACACUUUCUUCCUUUUUUUGUCAUUCUUGGGAACAAAUCAUUUAGCAUUUACUCUUUUCUUGAACUUCAUUAAGUUAUAAAGUUUCCAAUUUUUUCGUUCUUGUGCAAAUGAAAACCAGAAGAGGAAAAAGAUCAGAGGCAUUUUGGCCCUCAAUUGUGAUGAAGAAAUGGUUGAAUAUUCAGCCUAAGCUCUAUGAUUUUAGUGAAGAUGAAGUUGACACUGAGGCAGAGAGUGAGGAUGAUGCUUGCUCUCUAAAUGAUGAAAGGGUGCAUGAAGAUCAUUGGCACAGAACACCAGGGAAACCUACGGAUUGCCAGCCUCAAACUUCAGGGAAGACUUCAACCAAGUAUUCAUCUAGACACAGGAGAGGGAAAUCAGAAACACUAAGAGCUCAGUACAUAAAUACAAAAGAAGUGAGAGUUACUAUAGGAACUUGGAAUGUUGCUGGAAGACGUCCGGAUGAGGAUCUUGAUAUUGAUGAGUGGCUUUGUAUGAAUGAACCAGCUGAUAUAUAUAUCCUUGGCUUCCAAGAGGUAGUUCCUCUAAAUGCUGGAAAUGUACUGGGAGCAGAAAAUAGAAGGCCGAUUCCAAAAUGGGAGGCUAUCAUUCGCAGAACGUUAAACAGAACAACAGUGGAACCUGAGGCUAAGCUAAAGAGUUAUAGCGCUCCACCGUCUCCGGUAUUAAGGACUUCGCCUGCAGCUGAUAUAAUUUCUGAUGUGGUAACUACUACUACUGCACUAGACAUAAUGGCAGAGGCAUCGAUGGAACCCACGUGCUUUGCUGAAAAUAACAUGAUCAACCUGAGGAAGAAUUUGCAAUUGAAGAGAAUAUAUGGCAUCGAUUGUGAUAGUCGAUUGGAUUGGCCUGAACAUUCACUCGACGCAACGCCUCAGGUCCUUUCUUCAACUUUUAAGUUGAGGAGAGUAUCGAGCAGCUGCGCUCUUGCUUUUAGCAAUCAUGAUAUGGGAUUAGAUGGUAGCAGGUUAAAACAAGGACACCAAAGCUCUGUGAACUUAGGAUCGUUGUGCACUAAUCAACAAGAGGAGCCUGAAGUACUUCUUGAUGCUCAAUCUGAUGGCUCCGAUCAAUUUUCUGACGAGGAAAAUGACUUCUUCGAGGAAUACACAGAGUUAGAAGAUGAAAGUUCGCUUCUAAAACAUCCGAGUUAUAUUCGUAUUGUAAGUAAGCAGAUGGUUGGGAUAUAUGUAUCGAUUUGGGUCCGUAGGAGGUUGAGAAGGCACAUAAACAACUUGCAAGUCUCCCCUGUUGGAGUCGGUCUCAUGGGAUACAUGGGCAACAAGGGAUCUGUUUCUGUGAGCAUGUCUCUUUUCCAGUCAAGGCUAUGCUUUGUUUGUUCACAUUUAACUUCUGGCCAAAAGGAUGGGGCGGAUCAAAGGCGUAAUGCUGAUGUGUGCGAAAUUAUGAGGCGCACAUAUUUCUCAAACUUAUUCGACACUGAUGCUGAUCAACGACAAACAAUUCCAUCUCAUGAUCAGAUAUUCUGGUUUGGAGAUUUAAAUUAUCGAAUCAAUAUGUUGGAUGCUGAGGUACGGAAGCUUGUUGCCAAAAAACAGUGGGAUGAUCUUCUCAAAAAUGACGAGCUAAUCAACGAACUCCGAAGUGGCCAUGUUUUUGCUGAUUGGAAGGAAGGGGCGAUUAACUUUGCACCAACAUACAAGUAUGAAAUCAACACUGAUAGAUAUGUCGGGGAGACUCCAAGAGAAGGGGAGAAGAAGAGAUCACCGGCUUGGUGCGACCGUAUUUUGUGGUUAGGGAAAGGUAUAAAGCAGCUCUUUUACAAGCGAGCUGAAUUAAAAAUGUCUGAUCAUAAGCCUGUAAGCUCAAUGUUUUCGGUAGAAGUUGAAAUAUUCGAUCACAGAAAGCUUCAGAGAGUCCUCAAUGUUAACAGCGCCGCUGUACAUCCUGAGAUUCUGCUAGAUAUUGAAGACUAGGAAUCAGAAAUGAAAUAUCGCGUACAUAUGUACUUCAAGGCAGAGGCGAAUCCAGGAUUUAGAGUCAAUCGAUUCAGAAUGUCUUAUAUGACGGACAAGCUUGCAAAGUCUUCAAAAUCAUAUUACUUUAAAGAUGAUAAGAUACGAAUUUUCAAAAUUAUUUGGUGCUUUCAGUUAGGAAUCAGAAAUGGAGCAGCGUGUACAUAUGUACUUUAAGGCAGAGGCAAGUCCAGGUUUUAGAGUCAGUGGACUCAGAAUGUUUCUUGUGUGACGGACAAGCCUGCAAAGUCUUCAAAAUCCUGUUAUUUUAAAGUUGAUAAGACACAAGAUGAAAUUUGUAUUUUUCAGAUGCAACAUACAUACAUACAUAUACCUGAGCAAUGAAGAGUUGGAACCAUAGUGUGUUUAAUGUUCUGUAAUCAAGACAGUCUUGACAAAUUUUUGAGUGAGUUUUCCCUUAUUGUAAAAUUUGAGUGAAUUGUACCUUAUUGUAAAUUUUGUUCUUCCCCAGUUUUUUUGCUGUACGGUUUUGUAAAAUAUUAAGUUAUAUCUUGGUACACAUUUAGAGUAGA